AUGUUGCCGAUCGAGAAUUGGACUCAAGUCAUGGAGCCGAGUCCCGAAGAAGACAACGAUUACAUGCUGGUGUUGAGCAGUAUUGUAAUCAUCGGAUUGGUGGGGAAUAUCAUCUCUUUGGUGACCAUUUUAAACAGCCGUCUCAAGAGGGUACGUCUUGUUUUUUUGUUUUUGAAUAGUUGAUUGAAGCCAGCAUGUUUUUCUUGUAAAUAUUUCGCGUAUUAUUCUUCACAUUUAUGCAAAAUUUGGCUACUCUUCAUUUGGGGCAGCUUGGGUAUGGGCCCAAUUUCGCAAAUGUUGCAAAAAUUGUUUGACUCGAGACGGCUAGCCAAAGGUUGAAAUUCCAAAAAAAAUUUUUAAAUGGCUUGCCAAAAACCUGGAUCGGUUAUUGCCAUUUAAACCCAUUGUCUAGCUGGUCCAACAGUUUUGCAAUCAUGGCUAGACAUAUUGGGCCAACACCCGAUCUACUCCAAAUGAUAGGUGUGCAAAAUUUAUACAUUUUUAUACAAAACUUUUUAGAUUUUUGCAAAGUAAAUAUUUUAAAAUUUUAAUGUAUUACCCUUCAGAUCACAGCCAAUCAAUAUCUAAUUGUUUUGACGGCGUCGGAUUCGGUGUUCCUGGCCGCAAUGAUCCUGAUUCUGUUCAAAGUCGACUACGUCAACUUCCAUUUCUGUGUCGUAAUCGAAUACAUUUUAAUGACCAGUUCGUAUGUUAGUUCGUGGUCCGUGGUUGCCUUAACUAUUGAGCGAUAUAUUGCGAUUGCCCAUCCCCUCAAACAUAUGAAGGUGAGGAUCUCUGAUCUUCACUCUGUCAACCCUUUAUCUUAUUCUAUUUUUGUUCAUAAAUUAUUCUUCAGCUAUCACACAUUCCGAGGGCCAAGAUAAUGGCGUAUUGGGUGCCGAUCCCGUUUCUCUUCAACCUGAUCCAGUUCAUCACUUUAUCCCCCACAAAUGCCGAUCCCGAUUGGCCGAAUGUGAAGCAAUGCGGGAUUCGGGAGGGUCCAUUGCAGGUAAAGGUGUCAGCAUUAUAUAAAAUUUUCUAUUACUCUUACUUUAACCAUAAACCUUAUUUCACAACUACCGCUUAUUUUCUGCAGAUGACAGUAGAGAUCACGGAUGUUGUUUUAUCCUACGUCUUGCCCUGUCUGACGGUCGUAUUUUUGAAUACUUUUAUCGCUUCCACCGUCCACAAAGCAGGGAAAGGCCUCUUUGGGAGCCAAGAUAACCUCUCCACGGCUGACAGACAAUCCAGGAAUCGAAGGACAGGGAAUGUGAACACGGGAUCUACCAGGAUCUUGUUGGUAGUGCCCAUUGUAUACACAGUACUCAACACUCCAUUCUAUUUGAUGCGGAUAAUGGAUACUUUGGCCCUGAAUUUGUUUAACUCGAAGGCCUUCUCGAUGCAGGGAAUGGCCGAGGAUCCCUUGGCCGUCUUCUUUUAUAAUGCCGCCCAUUAUUUAUAUUAUUUGAACUUUGCCAGCGAUUUUAUGGUUUACGCAUUUACAAGGUGAGUCCUCAAGCUAUGUGACUGUUAGAUUUAAAGUCAAAUUUAACAACUCAACUUCCGUAUGCUGUUAUUGUUGUUAUCUUCUUGUUUACCAUGCUUUUUUCGCGCUGAAAAAGCAGAUUUGGAGGGAGAAGUAAUCUCAUCACAUUCCAGUAUAAUAUACAGUCGGAUUAAUCCCUUUCUUCCGGGGAUUUGGCCCGUUUUGAGAGGGCGUUCUGCUUGCAGAGUAAUUUGCAUAUAAUUGGAGGUUUCGGGUUACUGUAGCUAAUUUUGAUCAUUAACUCCGACCUCGAUUGGAGCCCGUUUUGUCCCCAUAUUUUUUUAGAGGUUUGUCCCCAUAGUAACAAUUACCGGAUGCGCCAUUUUUGUAACCCGAUUUGAAUUGGCUUUUUAAAUAUUUUUAGGCCGAAUAUUAAAAUCACUUUUCCCCGUAAUCUCCGUUACCUUUUUUGACCGAUAGUCAGCGCCUUCACGAUGUCAGUAGACGGAAUCUUGGCAUUACUUUACUUGUUGGAAAAUUCAUUUUUUUUAUUAACGAGACCAUUACGGGCCGAAUAAUUACAUAGAACAAAUCCGGUCUGGGGACAGAGACCCUAAAAAAUUGUGGGGACAAAACCAAGUUGGAGACAAAAGCUCCCCAAUGUUUUUGGUCCAAUUAAAAAAUGACUUUGUUUUAUAUUUUUACCCCACAUUCAUGUUGAACCAUAUUCGAAUCAGUUCUUUUUGAUAUCGAGUCUAUAAAACACUGUAAUUCUGUUAAAGUAAUACUGAAAUCCGAGUUAUUUACGCCCGAAUUCGGCAACGAUCCAUAUUCCAUUAACCCGUUCGAGUGUCAUGGAUACUUGGAGACUCAACGUCUAACAACCUUAGAUCAUAAUUUAAAAGUUUUCAAAACUGCACUUUCUAUAACAUCAUUUUUUAACAGUGUUACGUCAAAAUUAACACUUUUUUCAAAGUUACACUUUUGAAAAUUUACACUUAAAAUUUAUACUUUUUUGAAUUAUACAUCCUUUUUACAAAGAUGUAAGGGUAUCUAUGACACUCGAACGGGUUUUCGAAAUCUGUCCAUUAUGAAGAGAAACGUUGAUCUAAUCCGAUUACUUUUAGCGCCAAUUUCCGCAAAAGUGUAACACUAGCCUGGGCGCAGCUGUUAUGUCCGAAAUGGGCGGCCAAGAAAUUUCAUCGUGACACGCAUCUGGAGAAUACAUUGGUCAGUAAUCGGACACAGAUCCCCUCGAUCCGAAACUCCCAUCUCAGAUCGACCCCUUCCAACAAUACGCCCACCGAAUUAUAG